CAGCAGCAACUGCGUGGGGCCUCAAAGAACAGCGCCUAUGAGGCGACCCUGAAGGCGAUGCUCAAGGCGGCGCGGAAGAAGCCCAGCAUCGCGAGGUGGAGAGCAAUGGAAACGUUCUUCGAGGGCUAUGUACGGCAGCUCGAGAAGAAGAGCCGCGAGGGGGAUCAGGCGGGUUUCUUCAGGCACCUGAAGAUGAUCGACGUCGAAGGUGAGAGGUGGUUCACCUCUCAGAACAUCAAGGACGAGGACGGCAAGGUCCUUCGGGACCCCACGUUUAUUCACCAACGGUGGGCACGGUGGUUCCACAAGCUUCUCAGCACCAAGUCGCCGACCAUCGACCUGCAUGCGGCUGACAAGAUCAAGCGGUGGCCCACGUGCGUGCCACUCGACGACAUCCCAUCUCUACUUGAGGUUGAGAAAGCGAUGCGGGAAAUGGCCAACAGAAAGGCCGUCGGGCCGGACGACCUACCCGCUGAGCGGAUCAAGCUUUUCCUGGACGGAGAUCAAGGUCUCCUCCGCGAGGUCAGCGCCACUGUCGUGGACGUGUGGCAGACGGGGGACAAACCACAGCAGUGGAAGGAUGCCACCAUCGAAGUGCUGUUCAAGAAGGGGGACACGAUGGAGUGCGGCAACUACCGGGGCAUCUCUCUCGUCGCACACGCCGGCAAGGUGCUGCUUAAGGUCGUCGCUACACGACUGAGCCACUACUGCGAGCGAGAGGGCAUCCUCCCGGAGGAGCAGAGCGGUUUCCGCCCACACCGGUCGACGCUCGACAUGCUGUUCGCCAUCCAGCGGCUCCAUGAGCUCGCGAGGAAGAAGAGUACUGCGGUGUUCGCGUGCUUCGUCGACCUCACCAAGGCAUACGAUUCGGUGGACCGAGACAUACUGUGGGACGUGCUCCGACGCUUCGGCGUGCCCCCGAAGAUGCUGGCGGUCAUUCGCCACUUCCACGAGGGCAUGAGGGCGCGGGUUCGAACGGACGACGGGCAGUACUCGGAAUGGUUUGACGUCGGCCAAGGUCUCCGACAGGGGUGCAACCUGGCCCCGCUGCUGUUCAACUUGUUCUCUGCCGCGAUGCGCAUGGUCGCAGUGACCGAGUUCGACAAGGACCCCAAGGUGACGGCGGAUAUGAUCAAGAUCGCAACACGAGUGGAGUGCACGGGCAAGAGGGGCAGGUCGGCGGGGAAGAAGGCGAUGAUGGUGACGGUCGCAGAGGCCCUGUGGGACAUGCUCUACGCUGACGACGCGGCCAUCGUCUCGCUCACGCCGGAGAGCCUCGAAAAGAUGAUGUCCAUCAUCGUGCGCGUGGCCGGCCUGUUCGGACUGAUGGUAUCGGAGCCAAAGACGGAGAUCAUGUGCAUGCUGCCGAAAGGGAUCGAGGAACGCCCGUUCACGGUCAGCGCCGCCAGCCAGACGUACAAGCAGCGAGAUCUUUUUGUGUACGUCGGACGUACCAUCUCAGCGGACCGGAAGGCCGACCGGGAGAUCACGAGCCGCAGCUGCCGAGCGUGGAAGUGCUACCGCCGGACCAGAGCUUCGAUGUACGACAGGCGACGGGCCGACCGCCAGCUCAAGAUCCGGCUACUCCAGGCUGAAGUGGUGGAGACUCUCCUACAUGGGUGCGCCUCGUGGAGCCUAACAGCGGAGCACUACACGAAGCUCAAUAGGACCCACCGCCAGUUCCUUACACGGUGCAUCGGCUGGAGCAAGCGGAAACGCUCAGACCGCCCCCUGUCCUAUGACCAGGUCCUCAUCCAGGCAGGGUGCGAGGAAACCAUCGAGGCCACCGUUCGCAAACGUAGACUGUGUUUCGCGGGCUUUGUUAUGCGCAUGGAGGACAACCGCCUCCCCAAGCGCAUGCUGUUAGGAGCGAUGGCGGGGGGCGUCGGAUACCGGGGCGGGCAGGAGAGCGACUGGGUGUCUCGUCUAGGAGAGGACCUCGUGGCCUUCAACAAGAGAAACGAAAAGGAAUGGGGGAAAUGGAAAGAGAGCGCCUAGGCCCCGGAGGUGUGGUACAACAAGGUCGAGGACGGGGCAGCAUGGUUCUUGAGGAAAUGGCACAGGCAGA